CACAGCCGCCUGGACUUUCCAGAUCGGGGCAUCAGGGGAGAUAAUGCCGACCAAUGGCAAGGCUAUCAAUGUCUAUGCCCGGAUCCGAGAACCUUGCUCGCGUCGUAAACGUCGAUGAAGGUGAGGGGAAGGACGGGUAGCCGGAAUGUCCGCUCUCAUGGCGAGUUGCAAGCCCACGGCGGGUUGGCAGAUCACAAAGCGAACACUUCUCCUCGAUCGUGUCAUCCUCCUACCCAAGGUACAGCAUCAUCUCAUUCCACAUGGCCGACAACGGAGAAGACGUGCAAGGCACGCUGCGGAUCUAUUCCAAUACCGACGAUUUCUCGUCGAACAGCCAUCACAUCAUUUUCGAGCCCCAGCCCACCGACUCUCCGAACGAUCCGAUCAACUGGAACGUAUGGCGCAAGAGCUGGCACGCGUUCCUCGUGCUGUGGAUUGUGGGCUUCACCGCUGCGACGUCCAACAUUGACGGCUGCGAGGAGUAUGGGGAGAAGGCUGAAUUGGGCAUUUCGUGGUCGUCGCAGAAUCUCGCUGCCGGGAUACUGUUCCUCGGCAUCGGAUAUGCCACUUGGCUGCUUGCUCCCGUACCUUCGUUGUAUGGACGGAGACUGGUGUAUCUGAUAUGUCUCAUAUGGUCGCUGAUCGGCACCAUCUGGCUGGCAAACGUGCAAACAACGCAAGACGCUUUGUGGAACCAGCUAUUCGUUGGUGCCUCCGAGGCUGUGGGCGAGGCUACUGCACAGCUGUCGUUGUCUGAUAUCUUCUUUCAGCAUCAGCGUGGAGCGUCAAUGGGCCUGUACCUCUUUUCCACGAGUGUUGGAACCUAUUUGGGGCCGCUUCUUGGCGGCUUCGUGGCCGACGGGGUUGGAUGGCGUUGGGUUGGGUGGUCGAGUGCCAUCAUCACAUCCGUCGCGCUGGUCGUCUUCUACUUCGGGUUUGAAGAGACAAGCUUUGAUCGAAGUGUGGUUCGGCUCCGGGGUGUUGAAAUCACACCUGGAGAGAGCGUCGAAAUCGGUCCAAGACAGAAUAGUGGGCAGAUGGACCGCUCGCCCGAAAAAGCAACAGAGAAAGAGAGCGAGAAAGACGUUGUCCUGGAGGCUCCAGAUGUUCAGAUUGAAAUUUUAGAAACUGUGCCGACGCAGAGUGUGGAGAAAGAAAAGUCGUACUUUCAGCGAAUUGCUCUGGUCACGCGUGGGCCGGUGCUGCGGGGGACGGGAUUCAAGCAAUACAUCAAAGAGCUCUGGCUGGUGGCACAGGUCUUUCUGUUCCCGGCGGUGUGGUACUCGGGUCUUCAAUGGGGCGCGCAGGAUGCGUGGCUCAGCUUCUAUUUGAACACCGAGGAGGAUGUGUGGGUGGGUGCGCCAUGGAACUACUCCAACAAUGCAGCGGCGAUCAUGAACGUACCAACGCUGAUAGGAGCCAUGGUGGGCUGCCUGUGGGGAGGUUGGUUCUCGGACUACUUUGUGCUGUGGAUGGCGCGAAGGCAUGGAGGAGUGGCGGAGGCCGAACAUCGACUGUGGCUCGUGCUACCUGCCGCCGUCAUCAGUCCUGCGGGGCUCAUGCUUUUCGGGAUUGGGACAGGGGAGGGAUGGGCGUGGCCUGCGCCAUACGUCGGGCUUGGGAUGAUCGGGUUCGGAUGGGGAUGUGGUGGAGAUCUGUCCAUGGCCUACCUCCAAGACGCGUAUCCGAAGAUGGUGCUGGAAGGGAUGGUCGGGGUGUCGGUGAUUAACAAUUCCAUUGGCGCCAUAUUCUCGAUAGUGACAGGGUCGUGGGAGACGUCGCAAGGGAGCCGCAAGACCUACAUCACCAUCGGAGUGCUCAGUUUCGCAUGCAUGAUGCUGACUCUGCCGAUGAUGUAUUGGGGAAAGAAAUGUCGGAGGAUGACACAGGCGCGGUACAAUCGCUACGUCAACACCAGAGAUCGCACGGGGUGAUGGUUGGGUUGGAGAGAAGAGAGGAGAAGUGAGGCGCGAGACGUGUCGACAGACCGCGAAGGGUUAGGUUCGCGCUAGGGUUGGCUGCCUGAACUCUCCGCAGCCCUGCAGAUCUGCCUGCUUGCCUGCCUUGUUAC